UGUGUGCGCUGCUCUCCGCGGUGGAUGCAGCUGAGCGGACCGUUCACCACGCAGGAGCUCCAGAGCAGCAGAACGACGACCACGAUAAGAGAACAAAAUAAUGACCAGCCCAACGAUACGGCUCACGCGCAGCUUCAUCUGACCACUCCCAGCCAUUCCGUGCCUCAUCCUCAGCCUCCCGUUCACCGAGGGACUUACACAACUGCUUUGUUGUCCACUCAGAGAUCCUAGCCUGUACAGCCCCAGUCGUUCCCCCUCUCCAGUGGCCUGUGUGGGGCCAUGAUGCUCAGCAGCUCAGUGGAGGUGCCCAGUCCCGGGGGGAUGAGUGUGGCGGCCGCCAGGAACGUGGUGCGCAGCUCCAGCAUCAGCGGCGCCAUGUACAGUCUGGAGAAAAGCCCCAGCAGCUCAGGGCCCGACACCGCCGGCAUAACUGGAAACAAGAAGCGCCGCUCCAGCCUGGGGGCCAAGAUGGUGGCCAUCGUGGGGCUGUCCCAGUGGAGCAAGAGCACGCUGCAGCUCAACCAGCAAGAUGGCGCAACGAAGAAGCUCCGCAGCACCAUCAGGAGGAGCACGGAGACGGGCAUCGCCGUGGAGAUGAGAAACCGCGUGACGCGGCAGGGCAGCAAGGAGUCGACGGACGGCAGCACCAACAGUAACAGCUCAGAUGGAACGUUCAUCUUCCCCACCACUCGUCUGGGCCCUGAGACCCAGUUCAGUGAUUUCCUGGACGGACUCGGUCCUGCACAGAUAGUGGGGCGCCAGACAUUAGCCACACCUCCUAUGGGAGAUGUCCACAUUGGAGUAGUGGACAGGGGUGGUCAGAUCGAGGUGGAGAUCACCCAGGCUAGGGGCUUAACCCCUAAACCAGGCUCCAAAAACAUUCCAGCAACGUAUGUGAAGGUGUAUGUUCUGGAGAAUGGAGCGUGUCUGUCCAAGAAGAAGACCAAAGUGGUGAAGAAAACUCUGGACCCGACCUACCAGCAAAACCUGCUGUUUGACGAGAGCCCCCAGGGAAAAGUGCUGCAGGUGAUCGUGUGGGGUGAUUACGGCCGCAUGGACACCAAGUGCUUCAUGGGAAUGGCCCAGAUCCUCCUGGACGAGCUGGACCUGACCUCCAUGGUCAGCGGCUGGUACAAGCUCUUCCCCACCUCCUCUCUGGCUGACCCCAGCAUCGGCCCGCUGACCAGACGCCUCUCACAGUCCUCUCUGGAGAGCGCCACCAGCCCGUCCUGCACCUAGAGAUGACCUCGGCCACGGCCAGGCCAUCCUCCAAGUCUUCUCUCCGUCUGUCCAUGUCCACUUUCUCUCUCUGUCUCUUUCUCUCGUUCUAUUCUCUCAGAUACUCUCUCGCCCUUCCUCAAAGCACACACACCUUCAGAUAUACACUACUGUUCAAAAGCCUGGAAUCACUAAGAAGCUGGAAUUGCCUCGGAAAUUAAUCGCCACUUUUGAAAUAUGAGACAUUGUGGAUGUUAAUAAUAAUUAUAAAAUAUCAUUCUGGAUAUGAAUUUCAUUAGAGCGUCAUUCUGGAUAUGAAUUCUAUUAGAACGUCAUUCUGGAUAUGAAUUUUAUUAGAACGUCAUUCUGGAUAUGAAUUCUAUUAGAACUUCAUUGUGGUUAUGAAUUUCAUUAGAACUUCAUUUUGGAUAUUAAUUUUAUUAGAACGUCAUUCUGGAUAUGAAUUUUAUUAGAACGUCAUUCUGGAUAUGAAUUUUAUUAGAACAUCAUUCUGGAUAUGAAUUCUAUUAGAACGUCAUUCUGGAUAUUAAUUUCAUUAGAACAUCAUUCUGGAUAUGAAUUUCAUUAGAACGUCAUUUUGGAUAUUAAUUUUAUUAGAACGUCAUUCUGGAUAUGAAUUCUAUUAGAACGUCAUUCUGGAUAUUAAUUUCAUUAGAGCAUCAUUCUGGAUAUGAAUUCUAUUAGAACGUCAUUCUGGAUAUGAAUUCUAUUAGAACGUCAUUCUGGAUAUGAAUUCUAUUAGAACGUCAUUCUGGAUAUUCAUUUUUUAGAACAUUCUUGAAGUUCUCUAGCUUUCACUGUCAGUUUAGAACCUUCCACAGCUCAUUUCUUCAUUCAUUUCCUCAUUUCUUCAUUCUAGCUAUGGAAUUUAAAAGAUUUAUCAGCCCCUAAAUUGGUUUUAUAUCACUAAAAACACUGAUUCCAAACUUUGGAGCGGUACUGUACAUUCAUCCAGCUGGAACACGGAUCAUUCUGGCUGCUGCAAACAGAAACCCACACAUACAUACAGAGAAAUGGAGAUAUUUGAUAUUAACCAGCAAAAACAUGCAGAAGCUCCGCGGCGAAGAGGCGCAGCUUCGUUUAUCAGUCAGCACUCAGUCAGAACACACAGUGCAACACGGGGCAUUGGAGACGAAUCCUGAGAAACGUGUUCCACACAGAAGAUGUAGCAUCCAUGUUUGUUCUCCUCACAAAGAGCAGAAAGGAACUUAAGUCUCCCUGAUAACUCACCCAGGCUCAUUCCAAACACCACUUCCUUUAUCUCGUUUUGUUUUGUUCUGUUGUUCUUAAACUCUCUAUGCCAAACCUGAUAAAAAAGUUUAUUUUUUAAAACCAAAGCAAUUCUUAUUGUCUGUAGUGUCUGUAGAAAAUGAAUAUGUAGCAGAGUCAGUGACUUGGGUGAGAUGCAAAAAAUUAGAAAAUCUUCAAUUUAAUGUGUCGGGUCCAGAAUUAUCCUCACCCUUGAUAAACCUGGAGGAAGAAAGCUGCACAGAAUAAACGAAACAGGAGUCGCGAUGCGUAUUUCAUGGAACAGUGGACAUGUUUUAUUGUACGGGGUGAUUCAAAUAGAUUCGUCCGAUUUCUAAAUGAUUGAUUUCACUUUUAUUUCAUCAUCACAGAUCAGUGCAGUGAGCUGUAAACGGUGUAAAUGAGCAUAAAGUUUAUUAUGUAGUUCUACAAGGUCUCAGUCUGAACCUCCUCCAGCUGGACGGACGACAUCAACACCACAGUCAG